AUGGGGAAAGAAAAUAUAGAUAAUAAAGGUCUUUAUGAUAGCAGGAAUGAAAAGGAUGCUUGUGGUGUGGGUGUUGUAGCUGAUAUUAAUGGUAAGUUUUCUAGAAAUGUCAUACAGAAAGCUUUACAAAUAUUAUUACGAUUAAGUCAUAGAGGUGGUGUGCAAGGAAAUAAUGGAGAUGGUGCUGGUAUUUUAGUUGGAAUACCACAUGAAUAUUUUCAAAUGUUAAGUGAUACUUGUCAAUUACCUUUUUUAUUACCAGAAAAAGGGGAAUAUGCUGUAGCUCAAAUAUUUUUACCACAAAAUGAAGAAAGAAGACUUUUUUUAUAUCAUGAAAUUGAGAAAGAAGUAUAUAAUCAUGGAUUAGUUGUUUUAGGAUGGAGAUCUCCUAUACCUGUUCGACAUGAUGUUAUUAGUUGUAGUGUUAAAAAAAGUGAACCUUUUAUUGCUCAAAUGUUUGUUUGUAAAAGAUCUGUUUUUAAAAAUUAUGAUGAUUUCAAUAUAUAUCCAUUUUCAGAUAUAAAUUUUACAGAUGAUAGUAAUUUGAAAUUAAAUGAAUUACCAGAUGAUAUUGAAUUAUUAUCAUUUUUUAUAAGAAAAAAAUUAGUUAGGCAUAAUGAUAUGUAUUUCUGUAGUUUUUCAUCUAGAACUAUUGUAUAUAAAGGAUUAUUAACACCAUCACAAAUAUAUCUAUAUUUUGAAGAUUUAUUAAGUGAACAGUUUACAUCAUAUUUAGCAAUGGUACAUGUACGUUUUUCAACUAACACUUCACCUACAUGGUAUGCUGCUCAUCCUUUUAGAAGAAUAUGUCACAAUGGAGAAAUAAAUACAAUAAGUGUUAAUUCUAUUUUAUUCCAAGAACGUAUGGAAUCAGCAAAAACACCUGCAUCUUUCAAAUCAGUUUCAAUAAAAGAUCUAAGACCAAUAAAUGAAGAAAAUUAUAUUAUAUAUGAUAAUGAUGAUGAAAUUAUACAGAAGAGAGAUACUUUUGAAGAUAUUAUGUUAACACAAAAUCGUUUGAAAAAAAAGUCUAGAAGAAAUUUACUUUUAAAAUUGAAGAAGGAUUAUACUUAUAAUAGUUCAGCUAUACAUUAUAAUAUUAAAAGAGAAUUUAUGAAUUCUGAUAUUAAUAGUAAUUCAGAAUUUUUAAGUAAUGUAAAUGAAGAUUCCAAAAGUUCCUCUGAUAUUGAUAUAAUAAGUGAAGAAAAUUUAAUGAAUCAUUUAAAAGAAAAAAAUAAUAAAAAUUUUAGAAAAACUAUGAAAAAUCAAAUUAAACAUGGUGAAUCACAAAAAACUAAAGGUGCUAUUAGCUAUCCAUCGGAUUCUUCUAUAUUUGAUAAUGCAAUUGAUUUUCUCACCAUGACAGGAAGAGAAAUUGAACAUGCAGUUAUGAUGUUAAUGCCUAGAGCAUAUCAAAAAGAUCCAAAUAUAAGUCCAUUAGAAAAAGCUUUUUAUGAAUAUCAUACUUGUAUUAUGGAACCAUGGGAUGGACCAGCUUUAAUUAUAUUUACAGAUGGAUAUAAAGUAGGUGCAUCAUUAGAUAGAAAUGGAUUAAGACCAGCAAGAUAUAGUAUUACUAAUUAUGGAUUGUUUGUCUUAUCUAGCGAAACAGGAGUAGUAGAUUUAUCAUAUGAUAAAAUUGUUCAUAAAGGUUCGGUUUAUCCUGGUAAAGUGGUAUUAGUAGAUUUUAAAGAAAAAAAAUUUUUAAAACAUGAAGAAAUAUUGAGUAAAUUUUUAAGAGAACGACCAUAUAAAAAAUGGAUAGAUCAUUAUUCUAUACACAUGGAUAAUAUAAUUAGACCAGUAACAAAUAUGGAAAAUAUUCGUAUGAAUGCUUAUAAAUAUGGUGCCAUAUUGAAUAAGGAAAAUUAUUAUCAUAAUAAUAUAAAUAUAAACAAUAACAAUAAUAAUAUUAAAUGUAAUAGUAAUAUUCUUAGUAUUAGUAAUCAUAAAACGUGUUUAAAUGAUAUAGAUUAUUAUGAUGAAUCAUUAAUUAAAAAAUUAAAAGCAUUUGGAUAUACAUAUGAUGCUUUUAAUAUGAUAAUAUCACCAAUGGUUAAACAUGCAGCUGAUGGAUUAGGUUCUAUGGGAAAUGAUACAGCCUUUCCAUUCUUAAGUUAUUUACAUCGUAAUUUAUUAUAUUAUUUUCAACAAACAUUUGCACAAGUAACCAAUCCAGCUAUAGAUCCUAUAAGAGAAGAGAAUAUUAUGUCUCUAAUGAGUAAUCUAGGAAAAGAAGGAGAUCUGUUACAAUAUAGUCAUGUUAAUUGUCAUCGUAUAUUUAUAAAUGGACCUAUAUUAAAUGAAGCCUUAUAUAAUAUGUUACUUCAGUUACCUGAUUUUCCACAUAUUAUAAUUGAUAUGACAAUAGAUUUGGAUAAACUACAAUCCAUGAUGAAUAACAUAAAUAAUAAUUAUUCACCUAAUAAAGAUGGGGACCUUAGUCAGAACAAUAUUGUUAUGAAUAUCAAUUCUGAAGAUCCUUCAAAAGUAGAUGUGUGUAAAUCAAAACACUCAAAAGAGGAACAUAAUAAUAAUAAUAAUAAUAACAAAAAAAAACAGAUAUCAUCAAAAUAUUUAAUUAAAUUUAUUGAUAGCGUUAAUUCUAAAGUUGAAAAUGCUAUUAAAAAAGGAUGUCAAUUAAUUAUUUUGUCACAUAAUAAUGUUAAUGAAAAGAGGGUUCCCAUAUUUUCUAUAUUAAUUGUAGGUGCAUUACAUAAAUAUUUAUUAAGUAAAAAUUUAAGAACAAAAUGUUCACUUAUUGUUAAAGCUGGAGAUUGUUUUGAGAUUCAUCAUUUGGCUGUUCUUUUAUCUUUUGGUGCUGAUUGUAUUUAUCCAUAUAUAUUAUAUGAGAGUUUACAGUUUAUCAAAUUUGCUGAUAAUGAAGCGAGAUUAAGUAAUAACCAAAUGAUAAGUAAUUAUAGACAUGCAGCUAAUUAUGGUAUAUUAAAAAUAAUGUCUAAAAAUGGAAUAUCUACAUUACCUAGUUAUAAAGGUUGUGGUUUAAUGCAACCCUUAGGUAUAUCAGAUGAAAUAUUAAAAAAAUGUUUUAUAAAUGUAUGUGAUUCUAUAAUUGGUGGAGUCACUUUUGAAUUUGUUGAAAAAGAAAUAUUAAAUAUAUUUUAUCUCGCAUAUCCAAAGAGAAUCUUAACAUUGAAUUUAAAAGAUGCAAAUGAAGAAUUAGAUGAUUAUGGUGAAUAUCAUUUUAGAAAUAUAGGAAAAUCUCAAUUACAUAUGAAUCAUCCUGAAACUAUUAGUUUAUUACAAAGAGCUACAAGAAGUGGUAAUAAAGAUACUUAUAAAAAAUAUUCUGAAUUACAAAAUGAAUUAAUUAAUCAUUGUGAAAUUAGAGGACAAUUAGAAAUUAAUUAUAAAAAAUGUCCAUCAUAUAAUAAAAUUAAAAAGAAACAUGAACCAAUUAAUAUUCAUUUAGUAGAACCAGUAAAUAAAAUAUUAUUAAGAUUCUGUACUGGAGCUAUGUCUUUUGGAUCCUUAUCAGAAGAAGCGCAUACUACUGUAGCUACUGCUAUGAAUAGUAUGGGGUUAAAAUCAAAUACUGGAGAAGGAGGAGAAGCAGAAGAAAGAAUAAAAACAGCUAAUAAUGAAAUAAAUACAAGUUCUGCUGUAAAACAAAUUGCUUCAGCUCGAUUUGGUGUUACUGCAUAUAGUUUAGUAAAUGCACAAGAAUUACAAAUAAAAGUAGCACAGGGAUCAAAACCAGGAGAAGGUGGAGAAUUACCAGGUUAUAAGGUAAGUUCUAAAAUAGCUUCUAUUCGUAGAAGUACUCCAGGAGUUGGUUUAAUAUCUCCUCCACCACAUCAUGAUAUGUAUUCAAUUGAAGAUGUAGGUCAAUUGGUAUAUGAUUUGAAAAAUAUAAAUAAAGAAGCAAAAAUAUCUGUGAAGCUCGUAUCUAAAUUAGGUAUUGGAGUUAUAACAUCAGGUGUGGUUAAAGGAAAUUGCGAACAAAUUUUAAUAAGUGGAACAUCAGGUGGUACAGGUGCUUCUAAAUGGACUUCAAUUAAACAUGCAGGUUUACCAUGGGAAAUUGGAUUAGCAGAAGCUCAUCAAACCUUAUGUAAAUCGAAAUUACGAAAAAGAGUUAUUUUACAAAUUGAUGGACAACUAAAAACAGGAAGAGAUGUAAUUUUAGGAGCAUUAUUAGGUGCUGAAUCAUUUAGUUUUUCUACUCAACCAUUGAUAUCAUUAGGUUGUAUUAUGAUGAGGAAAUGUCAUUUGAAUAUUUGUCCUGUUGGUAUAUGUACACAAGAUCCAGAAUUAAGGAAAAAAUUUGCAGGAAAACCUGAAUAUAUUGUUAAUUUCUUUUUUAUGUUAGCUGAGGAAGUUCGAGAAUAUUUGGCUAGUAUGGGAUUUCGAAAAUUUUCUCAAAUUAUAGGUAGAUCUGAUUUGUUAAAAAAAAAAGAUCAUUUGAAAUAUGAUGAGAAAAGGAAACUCUUAGAUUUUUCGAAACUUUUAUUUCCUGGCUGGAAAUAUUAUGCAGAGGAUGAAAUGAAAGAUGAUCAAAAUAAACGAUAUAAGAAUAUAUCUAAUAAAAAAAAAAAAUAUAAUACAAAUUCUUUGUAUUCUGCUUCGAAAAAUAAGAAGAAUGCCAAAUCUGGUAUAAAUUCGAUUAAAAAAAUGAAAAAUAGAAAACAGGUCUUAAUAAAUGAAAGUUUUAACACUAUUAAAAAGUAUAAAAUUAAUUCGAAGCAAACGGAUAAUAUAGAAAUGGUUAACGGAGAAAGUGAACAUGUCACAAAUGUAGAAUGUGAUGAAGCAGAUGCGGAGAAUGAAAGUGAUCAGAACGACGACGAUGAUCAAGAAGAAACGGAUAAGAGUGAUUUAGAGGAAAAUAUUGAUAAUGAUGAUAAUGAUGGUAGUGAUAAUAAUGAUGAUAGUGAUGAUAGUGAUGACAAUGAUGAUAAUGAUGAUAGUGAUGAGCUGGAUGAGGUUGAUGAAAUUGAUGAGCUGGAUGAGGUUGAUGAGAUUGAUGAGGAUGAUGAUAUUGAUAAUAUUGAUAAUAUUGAUAAUAUUGAUAAUAUUGAUAAUAUUGAUGACAAUGAUGACAAUUAUGAUGAUAAUAAUAACAAGAAACGACAAAACAAUACAGAGAGAAAAAAGAAAAAAAGUAUGAAUAUGAGCGUAAUAUAUAAAUAUCAAUAUAAAGAAAGGGGUUCUUAUAAUAUAAAUAAAAACAACAAAAAUAAUAAUAAUAAUAAUAAGAGUUGUAAAAAAAUAAAGAAAAAAUGUCAUGUAAAAAAAAAAAUAGUAAAACCAAUUCCUAUAUUUUGUUGUGAAACUCAAAAUCAUAAAUUAUGUGAUGUUAUUGAUAGAGAAUUAAUCAGGAGAUCAAAAAUUGCUUUAUUAAAUUGUACACCUGUAAAUAUAAAAAUGCCUAUUAAAAAUACAGAUAGAGCUGUUGGAGCUAUGUUAAGUUAUCAUAUAAUACAAAAAUAUGGAGAAGAAGGAUUACCAAUUGAUACGAUAAAUGUGAAAUUUCGAGGUACAGGUGGAUUAUCAUUUGGUGUAUUUUUAACUAGUGGAGUAAAUUUUGAAUUGGAAGGAGAUGCAAAUGAUUUUGUAGGUAAAGGUUUAUCAGGUGGUAUAAUAUCAGUUCAUUUUCCAAAGAAUGCUUUAUUUAUAAAUGAAUGUCAAAAAAAUGUUAUAGCUGGAAAUUCUGUUUUAUAUGGAGCUACAAAAGGAAGAGCAUUUUUUGCUGGAAGAGCAGGUGAAAGAUUUGCUGUUCGAAAUUCAGGAGCAAUUGCCGUUGUAGAAGGUGUUGGUAGUCAUGGUUGUGAAUAUAUGACAAAAGGUAUAGUAGUAGUGUUAGGUGAAAUUGGUUGUAAUUUUGCUGCUGGUAUGAGUGGAGGUAUAGCAUAUGUAUUAGAUAUAAAUGAAAAAAAUGUGAAUCAUCAAAUGGUUGAUUUAAAAGUAUGUAAAACAAUGGAUGAAAAAAUGACUUUAGAAAAAUUAUUACAUGAACAUUAUGAAAGAACUAAUUCAUAUACAGCCAAAAUGCUAUUACAAAAUUUUGAUGAAAAUUUACAACGUUUUACUAAAAUUAUACCUAGAGAUAUUAAAAGAGUUUUAACUGAAGCUUGUAUUGAAUUUGUUAAAACAGGAAAUGAAGAAGCAGCAGCUAUUCUAGAUGAUUGGGCUUCCUUAUUAAAAAGUGUAGAUCAACCAGAACAUAUGUAUAAAAAAGCCAUGCAAUUCUUUACAACUAUUACUGAUGAUAUAUCAGGAUUAUCCAAAUCAUUAGCAUUAAGAAGUGUUGAUGGAUUAAUUAUUUAUGAUUUAUUACAAGAACAACGUAAUCGAAAUUUAUUAAGUAUAAAAAAUUCAUCAAAUGAUUUUAAUAGUUUAAAUAAUGAAGAACAAAAUAUUAAGAAAAAAAAAUUUUUCGAUUUUGAAAGGUUUAUACAUAAUUUAGAAUUGUGCAGAAGUAACAACAGAAAAUGGAGAAGAUUCUCUGAAAUUCCUUUCAAAUGUAAUGCUUUUUCAGAUUUUAAAAAUACAUUUCCUGAAAAAUUAGAUGAUAAAUCAAAAGAAAUGAUAAAAAAAUAUAUACUUAAUGAACAAUAUUUAUUAGAUUUACAUUUGAAAUCAUUAAAUUCAAAUAAGUUUAUUGAAAAACUAAUUCUUAGAGAAACAGAUGAUUAUAUUCAAAUAGAUCAAAAACAACUAAGUCCAAAUAUAUACACUUUAAAAAAAUAUUUAUAUCCAACCGAUAAUUAUGAUGUUUCUAAUAUAUCUAAUUCUAUGAAGGCCUAUAAUAAAAUUAAUGGGGUACACUUAAUCAAUAAGUCUAAUCAGAAUAAUGAAUAUGAAGAUGUUGCUAAUACCUAUGAUUUAUCAGGGUACACAUUGGGUGCAAGAAAAAAAAAGGAUGAUAUGGUAAAUAUUAAAAAGGAUGAAAAUGAUACAAAUAUAACAAAUAAUACAAACAAUACAAACAAUAUGAAUAAUACAAACAGUAUGAACAAUAUGAACAAUACAAACCAUACAAACAAUAUGAAUAAUGUGAACAAUAUGAACAAUAUUACUAGUAGCAUACAUAUAAAUAAAGAAGAUAAUAAUAAUAUUAAUGAUGAUGCGAAUAACACCGUCAUUUCUGAAAAUACCAAUACUACUUAUGUCAACAAAUCAUCAAAUUAUUCACAAUCUCAAUAUGCUAAAACAAGUGGCGAUAAUAAAACCAAGAAAUAUAGUGUUGACACAGAAAUUAGUGAUAUGACUAGAGUUUCAUCAGAUUAUGGAAAUGCUUCAAGUAUUAAUUCUACUAAACCUUUUUUAGUUGCCAAUCCAAAUAAAGUUACAGGAUUUAAAGAAUAUGAAAGGUUAUCUCAUCCACUUAAAGAUAUCAGUAGUAGAGUUUUAGAUUAUUCAGAAAUUAUUGUACCUAUAAACGUUAAAAGUAAACUACAUAAUCAGUUAUUAAAAACACAAGCGUCCAGAUGUGUUGAUUGUGGUACUCCAACUUGUCAUUAUCCUAAUUCUAGUGGUGGUGGCUGCCCGUUAGGUAAUAGAAUUUUUGAUUGGAACAAUUUAGUAUAUGAAAAUGAAUGGAAGAAAGCAUUAGAACGUCUAUUAGAUACCAAUAAUUUUCCAGAAAUUACAGGUCGUGUUUGUCCAGCACCUUGUGAAGAUGCAUGUGUUUUAAGUAUAAAUGAGAAACCUGUGUCUAUAAAAUUUAUUGAAUUAUCUAUUAUUGAAUAUGGAUUCAUAAAAAAAUGGAUACAACCAAUGAUACCAAUUAGUCGUACUGGAAAAAAAGUGGCAAUUGUGGGUUCAGGACCAGCGGGAUUAACUGCAGCACAACAAUUAAACAAAGCUGGACAUGAAGUAACUAUAUUUGAAAAGGAUGAAUAUUUUGGAGGAUUAUUAAUGAAUGGAAUACCAAAUGUACGUUUAGAUAAAAAAAUUCUAGAGAGAAGAUUAAUAUUAAUGAAAAAAGAAGGAAUUGUAAUGAAAAAUAAUGUAAAUGUAGGUGUAGAUAUAACAUUAUCCGAUUUAGUAAAAGAAUAUGAUGCUAUACUUUUAGCUACUGGUUAUAAAAUACCUAGAAAAUUAGAUAUUCCAGGUGCUAAUUUAAAUAAUAUUUAUUUUGCUAUGGAUUUCUUAACAUCAUGUCAAAUAUCAUUAACAAAAUCAGAUAUGACAGAUGAUAAUUAUAUAGAUGUAUCUGAAAAACAUGUUAUCAUAUUAGGUGGAGGAAAAACAGCCGUAGAUUGUAUCAGUUUAGCUAUUCGUAUGGGAGCAUCUAGUGUUUUACAAUUUACACGACAAGAAAUUCAACCUAUGAAUACAUCAGAAUAUUGGUGGCCAGGAUUAAAAAAUAUUUUCAAAGUUGAAUAUUCACAUGAGGAAGCUAUUAUUAUACAAGGUAGAGAUCCAAGAGAAUUUUGUGUGAGGAGUUUGGAAUUCAUUCCAUCUAAUAAAGACCCUAAAAGAGUUUCUGGUAUAAGAGCUAUUAGGGUCAAAUUAAAAAAAAACUUAAAAAGUGAAAUGAAACAAAAUAAUAAAAUGUUAAAUAAUAAUUAUAUGGAUAAUCAUCAUAAUAAUUCAUCCAAAAUAGAUUUAAAGAAACAUCUAUCUAAAAUAAAUAAAUUAAAAAGUAUUAAAAGUAUAUCGAAAGGUCCAACUCAAGAAACAACAACAGCAAGUUCAUAUUCUUCUUCUUCUCCUGCAGAAAAUGAUAUUAUUCAGAAUUAUCAAAUAAUAAAGGAUCAUAAUGAAUAUUUUGAUAUACCAUUUACUGAAAGAAUUUAUAAAGCUGAUGUAGUCAUUUUAGCAUUAGGAUUUUCAAAAACAGAUGAUUCCAUAUGGGAAAAUGAUAAUAUAAAAAUUGAACUUAAUAAUUAUAAUUGUAUAAAAACAAACAAUAGAAUUUAUCAAACUAAUCAUAACAAUAUAUUCGCAUGUGGAGAUUGUAGAAUAGGACCUAGUACAGUAGUACAAGCAAUUGCAGAAGGAAGAGAUGUAGCAUCUAAAAUCGAUGAAUAUCUAACAAAUUCUGUAUCUAUUCUUCCUCCAUGUAAUACUUAUUAUUAUUAUCCUAAGAAUUAUAAGAAUGUUCCAUUCGGUUCUUCUAAUUGGGGAUAA